AUGGUGAUUAUGGAAGAUACAUCAAGGCUGGAGAUGUUGCUGCCACCAGUCAAUUAUUUUAUAGAAACGGGGCUGGAUGUGGUGCUUGCUAUCAGAGUGGCUUGCAACUAUCUAGGAUACAAUAUCUGGUUCAAGAUUAACAAGAGCAGCAAUUACCCUUAUUAUUUAUCUUUAGUGUUACUCUACCAAGGAGGUGAAAGUGAUAUAGUGGCUGUUGAAGUUUCUGAGGAGGGAAUCUCUGAUUGGAAAGAAAUGUGGAGGCGUAAUGGUGGUGUGUGGGUCAUCGUAAUGCCAUCUCCCAAGGGAAAUAUUAUACCGUCUAGUUGGAAGGCUGGCGUUCUAUAUGAGUCUGGCAUUCAGCUCGAAUACUGA